AUGGCAUGGUACUCUAUUCUUCCACCACAGCUUAUCCAAGUGGAAAGCUGGGCAGUGCGGAUAUUUUUCCUCCUCGGUUUAAUCACGAUCGUCCCCUGGUUCGCGCUCAUUAUUUUCGACGCGGCGCUAUGGCUCUAUCGAAUAAUAUUGUGGGAACUUCCUUGGAUAGGCGGACGAGCGCGGGGUCAACAGCGACCCCGUGCACCGAGCUUGAAUGAGCGGCCAGAUGGACAACGUCGAGUAUUCGGACUGCGUGGUUUGGAAACGGACGGCGAUCGCGACGGAGAAUCAACACCGAAUACACCGACUGAACGGAAUUCUUGGGAUACGGGUACAGGGAAGGAGAAUGUCGCACCCAGUGCUGAUGGCUGGGCCCAUUCUAACGCAGAUGGAGAAAUAAAUGCAACGGCAGCUUCCAAGGUUCUUGGCUCCGAUUUGAGACAUCUGGAUAGAACGGGGUCUGGCUGUUGCGGAGAUCGCUCUAUCGCUGCAGCCGAAAUGUCACUUUCUCUAGACAAACAUGAUCCGAUGAUUUCAUGGAAUGAACCACUAGCUCUCAAAAUCCUAAUCGGGUUAAUCCUUGGAAUAUGUGUUUAUACAUGGCACCGGUCCCAGCAACGCCCAGAUUUUAUACUCCAGACAGCGGUCAAGAUCGAAAACCAGCUGGGUAGCAAGGGCCCAAUCAUCACACCUUUAGCAGACUUCGAUUGGCAAAAGACACAGCCUCUGCAGCUCCGCCCUUUCCAAGGAAAAGAAAAAUUGAAUUUGACCAUGGCAAUCGAGAACAUGGAUGCAUCCGAUUUGAUACAUAUGGACAAAACGUACAAAGACAGAAUAACACUCCGCCAAAAGCUUCUCGCACAGCACCACGACAUCGUAGUCGCAGUCAACGAAACCACAACAUCAGAUACACGGACCCGCACAGCAGUUAGCGAGCUUUACUCUUUUAUACUAGGAACAUACCUCCCAUCUCGAUAUCCGCAGAUGUUCAAGCUGCAUGAUCAUACAGACAAUGAGUCCGAACUAUUCGAGAAUCUGAUAACAGGCAAAGCUUGGCCAACGAGUCUCAGUCCCGAAACACCCACGAUCCAGGCACUAGAGAUCCUAGCACAAACCGUCGAUGAGGAAUUCCUUAUUCUCCUUCCUGAUGCUUCAUCCGAACCUGAUCAACCGAAAUAUAUGCUUCAGGCGUAUGCUACUUGUUUUCCAUCUGGGUUUAAUACCCGAGAGAAACUCGGCCUCCGUUUAGCUGAUAUCCAUGGUCCUGUUCCUGGGUAUGCGGAGAAGCUGGAACGAAGUAUGGAUCGGUUCUUUGCGAAGAUUGAGAUGGGUAGGUUUGUGAAGAGAGUGAAUUGGAGUGUUACGACGGAGACAGAGCUAUUCGCUGCUUUUGGUUCAGUACAUGCUUCACCGGCUCCUGAGGAUAUACAGGAUAAUGUUGAGAAGGCGGAGACUGAAGCAAAGGCUUUGAAACUUGAAGAACUCGACAUUGCGCAGAGAUACUGA